GGGGAAGUGGUUGUUGGUUGGUGUGAGACAGAGUAGGGUGGGUCUUAUAUUAACAGACAUGUCUCCUCCUGUCUCACUUCGUGGUGUCCACAGAACAGAACCCGGUCCAGAACUGUACGGUCGCUCUCUAACUUUCAGUCUGUCGGCUUCCUCACUUUAUUUUUAUGAGUCACUUCAGAAACUUCGUGUUUAGCUUCUGGUUUCUCUUCUGGACUUGGACUGUGUGUUUGACUGAGGGAGUGUGGACGUCCGAUGGAGGUCGGCCUCGUGUGGUCGGGGCUCUUCAGCCCGACCCCCUCAGAUCAGCUCAGUCGGGUCGACUAUGUGCUUCAGGGACUUUAUGCUUGGCUUCACUUUCCAUCUGUGGACUUUGACUGUAUGUUUGAGUGAGGGAGUCCAGACAUCCAGUGAAGGUCGUCUUCAGGUGGUCGGUUCUCGUCAGCCAAUCGUGGCCACUCUGGGUGAUGAUGUCAUCCUGCCGUGUCAUGUGGAGCCUCCACUCAGUGUGGAGAACAUGACGGUGACUUGGUGGAGGGCCGACCUCCCGCCUGACCCUGGAGACCCAGAGAGCGAGUACAAGUAUGUCCACCGUUACCAUAACAACCAGGACGUAGAGGACAUGAAGCUGUCAGCAUACGUUGGGAGGACGACUCUGUUCACAGACGGACUGAAACACGGCAACGUUUCACUCAAGAUCACCAACCUGAAGCUGUCUGACCAGGGAAUAUACACAUGUUUCAUCAUAGAGUUAAAGACCCAACAGAGGGGAGCAACCAUUAAACUUGAUGUUGAACCAAACUCUGUCAAAACGACGACAGAGACGCCGCUGGAUGACAGAGAUCUCCAACUUGCAGAUCCAAACAAUGAGACGAACGUUAGAGCUGGUCGUUCCCAUCCUGGCGCUCUGAUCGUUGUGGUUGUCUGCGUCUUACUGGUCCUGGGUGGUGGAGUCGGUGGAUAUUUACUUAAACACAAGAAACAACAGGAAUUCAGGGACUCAAACCAGCAGCAGUUCCAUCUACAAGUGAACCAGCUGGAUCAGCAGCAGUGAGACCUUCAUGGUGAGUACUGAGCAGGUGAGCUGAGUGGUGUCCACCCAGGUAUGGCUGCAGUAAUGUGGCCCCCAGCUGUGUGGAGUACUUCAUCACAUUGUUAACCUGAGCCUGAUCCUGGAGGACUUGAACUAAGAGCCCGUCCUCUUGCAGAAGUUCUCCGAUGACUCUUUAAUACUGGGCUGCAUCAGGGAGGGGAAGGGGCUGAGUACAGGGGCGUAGUUUGUGGUCCAAUGAAGGAAAAGCUGUGAACUGGAGACGGGGUCAUGGGCUCAUUGAUGGAGGUGGGGAGUGAGCUCCUGGUCAGACAGCGGUGGAGAGCUGCACACUCACCACGCCACUGCAAGUGCAACAAAAGCCCCUCGAACAAAAAGCAAACAAGAGUAAUUUAUGAAUGUAUUAAAGGACAGUUUAGUUAACUGCUCUACCGGUACGCUGUGUCAGACCUCAAUGUUUUAUUAUUUAUUUAUAUAAAUGUUUGCUUAUUACUUUUUAUUGUAUGUAUUCUAUACUGUAAUUGCCACUUUAUCUUUGUUGUUGCUGCUGUUGAUGUUUGAGAUGUGAAUUGCUGUAACGAUGGAUGGAUUUGAUCGAUCAAUGACGUUAAUUUUGGAACUACACAUGAGAAACAGCCUCUUGACAAAUUUUGAUGGGUUUACAGCAAUGUUUUCUCAAUGUGCAGAAUCCCUGCUACAUAAACUAACAAAUAAAUAAAUAAAUAAAUAAAUAAACGCUGAUUUAAAGUGUUUUAGAAUGUCAUCAGGGUGAAUGUAAAUAAAGAAUGUGUGUAUAAAAUAACUUGUAGAUCUAAAAGCUCACUAGAUGGCGCUAAACAACAAUAUAAGUUGGUCAAGCUGAUCACAGAGCUGUUCAUAUGCUUGCAGUCAUUACAGUUUUUUUCAAUUGUUUACACGCAAUUUUGAAAACCCGGUUCUUUUUUGAAAAUAUAAUCACAAUUAUCCAAACACCACACUCAACUUGCAUAAUUCCUAGAUUGUUUGCAAAAUGACACACUUCAGUCAAAACAUAUACACAUUUGUGAAAAUGUGUAUAUGUUUUCAUUGAACCAACACAGUCCUCAAUGAUCAGACACUAUUGCAGCCAGUUUCACACUGCUGUGAUGAAUAAAAAACACAUUUGUAAAAAAAAUAAUUUGAGGAAAUAGCAUGUGCUAGAUUUUUGGCCAGACAUUGUUAUGUAAGGGAUAAUUUAGAUGUAAAAGAAAAUAGUGACAAACCCACAACAUUCUUCAUGAUUAGUUUGAGAUAUAGGGAGAAUGUACACAAGUAGGCCUACUAUAAACUUACCAAGCACUGCACAACACUGAUGCUGCAAACUGAAUAUUUCAAGUAUUUAUCUCAAUACUUACAGUAUUUCUUACCAUAAUCAGUUACAGUAAUCAACCAAAAUGAAAUCAAUGAAACAAACAAAAUCUGUAGACAAAUAAAAAUUACUGCAUGAAGUACACACACUUUGACUCUGAAGAAAAACUACUGUAAAAGCAACAAGAAUACUGUAACUAUUCAUCAUCUCUCCGUCUGGUUGAGUGCUGCGUUUUCAAAUUAGCACAUGUGUGCUUCCACACCUGGUGGAUGUGAUUAUCCAGUUUGUUCAUUAGUGUGGUCAUUGGCAGUCCGGGGCUUUGUAAUGACAAGGAAGUAACCUCACAAUCCUUAUCUGUGUCUAAGGUGUGAAAAUGUGUGUAGAGUUUUUCUAAAUCACUGUGUGUAAUGUUUUUCAAAAAGGGUGAAGCAGACAUUGUGUGUAAUGUUGUGCAAAUCUGUGGAGGUGUUUUGCUCCUUGGAGUAGAAUUUCGCAAAUUAUGUGGACAUUUUUAUUUUAGUGUGUAAACAAUCGUAAAAAACUGUAACAUUGGACUGAGUCCAAACAAAGUCCGUUGACGGUAAUGGUUUCAUUCUUACAUGCUGGAACAAGCAUAAGCCACGUUGGUUUCACUUUUGAUGCACUGAUUCAUCCAUAACAAUCCUCCAGACGGGGCUCUCCUGCUUUUCAUGAGAACACUUUCAACAAUCUUAACAGACAAAUAGACAUAUAAUAUAUAUAAAAUAUGUAAACUCAUAGAAACAGACACUCUCUCUUUCUUGGUAUGACCUGUGGAGGAGUUUCUUCCUCAUUAAAAGAAAUCAUUUUUCUCCUGAACCGUUAAAGCCACAUCGUGGUUACACAUUUAGAAGACGGGUUUCUGCAGUCGGACUUCCCCUGAAGGCAUCCCAACGUCUCACACACUGUAACACUACUCCAUUCUUCUUACUUUCCAACAACAUAUCUACAAGAGGUGAGCAGGGAUUCAGCAGGUCCACAGGCAGCUCUGGUUUUCAGUUGGAACUAAAUUAAUGAAAGGUCUUAUGUUAUUGUUUGACGCUUCUGAUUGGCUGCUGUUUAAUUAAAAUAUGAAUGUCAAAUUACUCAUUGUUGCAUUUUUUAAAUAUUCAAAUAUCAUUUCUGUGCACAUGGCUUUACUUUCUCCCUGGGGAAUUAGUGAUGAUGAUAUUCUAGUUGUCCAGUCCAUCAAAUCUGUUAUUUGACAUUCAAUGAUAUGCUUUGUAGUCAUAUAACUACUACUGCAAAUUAUUAUCAUUAUUAGGAAUUUGAUUUUGGAAUUUGGUGGUCGACGGGUUGUUUUGAACCCAAAUAUUUAUUUUAUUUUGGACUAUUUAAUGUAUUGAUUUGAUCAAUUGACAGUCUGAUUGAUGUUGGAAAUGACUGACAGUUGCAUCUCAAAAUGUAUUAAUGUUUGUAACCUCUGGGAUAUUGUUUGCAUCAUUCUGUUUGUGCAUUAAAAUGUACAUUAAUAUCCUUUAAA